CGCAGUACCUAGAUAUUGUACUUCCUUUUCAUACUACCUUUGCAGGAGAUCAAUCAAGCAUCCAACAGUCGUUUGAAUCUGAAAUAGACCAUGGCACCAAACCACUGUUCACAGACGAAGCAAAUACAGAGUCAUUUGUGACAGGUUUAGCACUACUUAAUUACAACAUCGCUUACCUAUGCUAUACACAAGGAGUCAAUAUUCCAUUUGAACGAUCUGUAAAUCUCUUGGAAAAUCUUGCUGCGUGUUGUCAGGCAAUAGAUCUUGGACGAGAGUUUGGACGACCACGAGAUACGGCAUUUACGAAAUCGCAGUUGUUUGAUUUGGAAGCAUCUAGCGUUAUUCAACUUCAUGCAGCGUGUUGGACAACGGGAAAGCCUUGGGAGCUUGUUAGCCCACCUACACAUGCAGAAGCGUUGAUGGGCGUCAAAGUAGACGAAUCUGCCCGCUCCGUAUCUUUAAAAUCACAGCACUCGAAAGCCAGUUUGGAAGAUGUCCCUGUUCAGCUUGUUGCUUUUGGUGCAGAGCCAACUGAAAAUGAGGACAGUGGUGAUGCGUGGCAUAUAGUAGAUGAAGAUGAAGGAGUCAGUAUGCAGAUUUGAUCCGUCGAGUAUUUAUUAGUCAUGGUCAGAAAAGUAGAUCAACAUUAUAGGAUUCAGUUUGAAUGUAAAUGUUACAAAAUAAAGGAAUCAAGUCUCAGUUUCGCCUUGCUAUCGC